CAGCAGCACAGCGGGUCUUCCUUUUCCAUAUCUUGGGGUUUUUUUCCCCCCAUCAAGUCCGCUGCCACACACUCCCUCAUUUUUGUAUUUCCUCCCGGAGUGUUUUUUUUUUAAAAACUUGAUAUUCCUCCCGCUCUGUUCCCUGGACCCGUGUGGAUUUAAGGCUUUUAUUCUUACCUUGGACCCUCCGGAGCCUUCUACCUGGACGCUCCGUGCCUACACGCCAUGGCGCGUUCGUUCCUGCCGUGUCUCCUGCUGUUAGUAUCGGUGCAGACGGCCAUCUCCUCCGGGGUCUUCGAGCUGAAGAUCGACUCCUUCACCAGCGAACGCAGCGUCUGUCGCCUCCAGUCCCAGGACUGCCAGAUCUUUUUCCGCGUGUGCCUCAAGCACUCGCAGGAUGUUAUCAACACGGAGCCGCCGUGCACGUACGGCUCCGCGAACACAGAGAUCUUCGGCGCAGACUCCAAAUCCAUCUCCGAGAGCGCGCCCAUCAGGGUGCCUUUUGAGUUCACGUGGCCGGGGACCUUCUCUCUGAUCAUUGAAGCCUGGAACGCGGAGUCUUCAGGCCUGGGGUCUACAGAAAACCAGAACAACCUCAUCAGCCGGCUAGCGACCCGCCGCAGGCUGACAGUCGGGGAGGAAUGGUCCCGCGACGUGCACUUUGGCAACCAGAGCGAGCUAGGCUACUCCUACCAUGUGUUGUGCAACGAGCACUACCACGGCGAGGCCUGCUCCUCCCUCUGCCGGCCCCGCAAUGACACCUUCGGCCACUGGACCUGCGACGACCAAGGCAACCGCCGCUGCCUGGAGGGCUGGACUAGCGAGUACUGCUCUGAUCCCAUCUGUGCAGCAGGGUGCAGCGAGGAGCACGGCUUCUGCGAGUCUCCCGGGGAGUGUGUGUGCCGGCAGGGCUGGCAGGGCGAGCGCUGCGAGGAGUGCGCCCGACACCCCGGCUGCCUCCACGGGACCUGCCAGCAGCCGUGGCAGUGCAACUGCCAGGAGGGAUGGGGAGGCCUGUACUGUGACCAAGACCUGAACUACUGCACCAACCACAAGCCUUGCCAGAACGAUGCUUCAUGCACCAACACCGGCCAGGGCAGCUAUACCUGCACCUGCCGCCCCGGGUUCACUGGCAAGAACUGCGAGAUUGAGACCAACGAGUGCGACAGCAACCCCUGCAAGAAUGGCGGCAGCUGCAAAGAUUUUGAGAAUGAUUAUUCGUGCGAGUGCCCUCAGGGCUUCUAUGGGAAGAACUGCGAGAUCAGUGCCAUGACAUGCGCAGACGGGCCGUGUUUUAAUGAAGGAACCUGCGUCGAGAACGUGGCUGGCGGGUACAGCUGCCGCUGCCCGACCGGGUAUACAGGCUCCAACUGCGAGAAGAGGAUCGACAGAUGCAGCAGCAACCCCUGUGCCAAUGGAGCUCAGUGUUUGGACUUCGGUAAGAGCCUCAUGUGUCGCUGUCGGGCUGGCUUCACCGGCUCUCGCUGCGAGACCAACAUUGACGACUGCGCCAGCAACCCCUGCCGCAACGCAGGCACGUGCGUUGACGGCAUCAACGACUUCACAUGCACAUGCACACUCGGCUUCACCGGUAAGGCCUGCUCCACGCGGACCAGCCCCUGCGACCAGUUCCCCUGCGACAACGGUGGCACCUGUUACACCCACUUCACUGGGCCCGUGUGCCAGUGUCCAACGGGCUUCAUGGGCGCACGCUGCGAGUACUCACUCAGCAAGCCAACAACCAAACCGACGGGGAAUAGUGAUGUUCCUUCUGCUCUGAUUGCUGCCGUUGCCCUCGGCCUGGUGACGCUGACCCUGCUGGUUUUUGCCGCCAUCCACAUUCUGCGUAAGCUCCGCUGGGGCAGAGAGCUAACGGGCAUUACUACAUCGGUGAAGAACGACCUGGAGACGGUGAACAACCGCAACACAGUGAUCUGUGGGGGUGGACCUUAUAAUGGGGGCUUACCAGGAGCGCCACUGUGUAGCCUGAGAGAAAAGGAGGCCUUCCUCAUCCCGGGGGGGCAACUUAAAGUGUCCAAUAAGGAUGCAGCACUGCUGGAGAACGGCGACAACAUGGCCAUCUUUAAAAACAAAAUGGCAGACUGUAACCUGGUGAAAGACGAGCAGCGCCUGGCAAGGAACAAGUUUGACCUUAAGAAGUGUGACUCGUCCAUCAUCGUUCCUCCUCUGAGUUUUUCAAAGGACAGCCUGUAUCACUCAGUGUUCAUCAUCCCAGAGCAGAGGGAGCAGUGUGUGUUUGCUACUGAGGUAUAAUCUACAGUUUACAGACCGCCGGGGAACGAUCACGCUGAAGGCUUGAAAAGUUUUCACCCUGAGGAUCUAUUCAACACACUUUAUUUUAUUUAAUAUUUAUUUCUGCUGCUCAACAGAAAGAAACUACAAGAAAGGGCUUGUUUUGUCAUUAUAUAUUGACAAUGUUCGAAUGAAAAUGAAUCUGUUAAGAAAGAAAGAAAAAGGAGAGAAGAGAGGAAGAGUGAAUAUCCGGCGUCAUUUGCACUAUUUAUCUUUUUUUAUACUUUAAAUCUUAAUAUAAUAUUUCUGUCCUUAUAUCUGACUCUUCUUUGGAUCAAAAGCUAUUGAGAGGACUAAAAGAAUCAAUCAGAAGACCGGUGCCUUAGCUAUGCUCUCUUAUCACCAUGGCAACCGUUUCCCGUAUAAUCUCACAGUAUCAUGUGUCAAUCAAAUCGUCAGAGGAAACUGCUGACAGGAACGGGAGACGGAUCAUUUAUUUUGCGUCAAACAACCUGAACAUUUUCUGUCUAAAAGCUGAACUGGACAAUUUGUCGCUCCGUCCUUUUUAUUUAAUUUUUUGUUGAAGAAUCACAUGGUGGCCUGUAAGAAGAAACAAACUCUGAAGUGCCUCUUCUUAUGGAAAACAACAGGACCCAAGACGCAGAGGGGAUUUUUAUCUCAUGUUCAAAUUGUGUCUUUAUGAUCCCAGAAAACCUUAUUGGAGUCCUGUAUUUUUAGACCCAUCAUAUCCCUGAUUCUAAACCCAGUCUAAAUUAUUUUUCGGUUUAAUCAAGGAUACUUUGAACCUCUAUCUAGCAACAGCUGUUUCCUACAUGCUCACCUCAUGAUAAUCCUAAAAGUGAUAAUCUACCUUUGACAAGGUAUAAAAGAUAAGUCAAACAUGUUUCAGGCUGGAUGAAGGUCCAGCCAAGCUGGAUUCAUCUUACAAAUCAAAACUAUUUUACCAUUGUCUUCCUGUGAUAAAUAUUUGUUUUUUCCAUUAUUGUUUAAGUUUAUUUUUCUAUGGAGCAAAAAGCAAAAAAAAAAAACUAAACUUGCUGCCUUGUCUCUCUCAUGCUGCCUUCAUCAACCACUGCUGUCACAACAAGUAAACAGGAAAACAAUCAAAACACCAGCUGCUGUUGGGCAACAUUCCUAAGGCUCAACAUGUCAGUCACAGAUCAGGGUUUUUGUAUUUAUAUUUGCAGAAAAAAUUGAAACUUUUACAACAGUGAAGGACUCCAAAGAGAGUUAUUUUUUAAUCACUUGUUUUUUUAAUCCUUAUGAUACCAAAAAUAUGUGUAGUUGUGUCUGUCUACUAUCUUCGUUAAUUUAAGAAAACAAUGCAAUGUGUAUAUAUCCUCCAGAAGAUAGUUUCCCUAUUUAAUUGUCUUUUGUAAAUAAUUUUGUAUUUAUGAAAGAGAAUUGUAUAUAUGUCUAUGUUAUUACGCCUAUUGUCUCAGUCAGAAUGAAGAAAUAUAU